AUGGCUGUUUAUAAUACAAGAACUAUUUAUAUAAUCUGCCUUAUAGUAUUUUUUCUUAGUCCUGUAAUCUCAGAAGACCAAGUUACUUUUAUGCACCAGUUCUGUUCAAAGGGGCAGUACGACGAUGGAAGUGUAUAUCAAACCAAUCUCAAUCAUUUAUUGGCUAAUCUCUCCUCUGAAGCAGCCUCGAAAAAAUUCUACAACUCGACUGUGGGCGAGGGUGUUCGUGAAGUGUAUGGCCUCUUCCUCUGUAAUGGAGACUACACAGCUGAACUUUGCCAAGACUGCAUAACUGUAGCAGCAGGGCAAAUUCAACAGAAAUGUCCAAACGAUGUUGACGCCAUAGUGUUUUACGGGCAAUGUAUGCUACGUUAUGCAAACCGCUCCAUUUUUUCCCUUGAGAAUCAUUCGUUGUAUUUCAAUUUCGAUUAUGGACCGAUGGGUUACAAGCAGAGUGGUCUAUGUUAG